CUAGGCUAUAGCAAAACUACUUCCGCCCAUUCAAUGAAAUGAAAUGGUGCCUCGACGUUCCUAUGAUUCUAAUUCUACAGUGUAGUGGAAAUAAAUAACUUUUGUGUGCUCAUUGGGUUAGUGCACGCUUUGCGUGCAUGAGAUAGUUGCAUAAUGGAAGUUGGUGUAGAGAUAAGCCAGAAGAUUAGAUCUGCCAUAAAGGCGAAAUUGAUGGAAUUGGGCUGCUAUGUUGAUGAUGAACUCCCAGACUACAUUAUGGUUAUGGUCGCGAACAAGAAAACUCGAGCCCAAAUGUCCGGCGACCUGUCUCUCUUCCUCGGAACGAACACAGACACUUUCACAGAGUGGCUUCACGGGUUGCUUGUUAAGUUGCAAGCAAUAAAUACAGAGUCAAGCAAUCAGCAGAGUACAGAUAAGAAUGAGAAGUCAAAAAGCUCAAAGAAGAAGGAAAAAUCCAAAAAGAGCGACUCCAGUAGGAAAGACAAGGAUAAAAAGAGCAAGAAAAGUGACUCUAAAAAUAUAGAUUUAGAUCCUUCUUCAAAGAACUCUGUUCUAAAUACUGAAAAAGAAAGGAGUGUAAAGUCAGUGACGGAUGACGGAGAAAAUGCCCAUUCGGACACAGUUCACGUUUCAAAUUCAGGCAGUAAAGAACCAGCUCCGUCCGAAUCAAGUAAAGUUUCUGAAGAUGUCGAAGAUGUGAGACAGCUUCUAGUGACAGAAACAACGUCUGAUGCGCUAGCUGAGGAACUCGAGACUACUGAAACUGAAGUUGUUGCUAAGGAGUCAAGAGAAGUCAAAGUAACAAACUCUACUAAAGUGAAAUCAAAUGUUGCUGCUUUGAGUUUAAAAUCGGGUCGCCGCUUAAGCCGGAGCAAGAGUCAUAGCCCAGAGAGACCAGCAGUCUCAGCAAGGAAACGCAAGACUCCAAUUUCUGUUGUCAGCAGUGUUAGCAGACCUGGCAAUGAUGAUGAAGAGGAAUAUGACCCUCACAACCCGUCAGUUGGCAGUGUUGCUAGUGUUGUCAAAGUUACGAAUCGCAAGUCAAGUGUCCCACCCGCUCUGCAAGCCAAUAGAGCCCUCCUGAUGAAGGCUAUGACAGAGGCAGAACGAUCCAUUGCGGUGAAGCGGAAGGUGGCGGUCACUAGACCCAUGAGUCGGUCUGACUCACCAGCAGAGACCUACAGUCCCAAGCGCAGAUGCUCCAACCAGGCAGAUCGGGAGGAGACGCCCCCGCCAUAUAUACCAUCCAAGAAGGAAGUGCCUAGUCAGCUGCGCGGAGGCUCCACUCAAGAGUCUGUUCGCUCCAGCCUAGCUCGUAACGACGCUCGUCAUUUAUUAAACAAGGAAGAGCGGAGGGAGCUGAUCUCACGUUCCAGGAGGCAAGAGCUUCUUCAGAGUAUUGGAAUCCAGCAGGAGGAAAAGAAGACAGUACAUAGUUCUUCCAGGCCCCUGGAACGAAAGAAUGAAAAAGAUGUUGUUGCAGGAAAAGUAGUUCACCAGCGGGAGGUGAGAGAUGAACGAAAAUCUGGAGGGAUUAAGAACUUCCAGAUCACGACCCGUUUAGUGUCUGCCCCAGGUUCAAAUGUGGUGCGCUCACGUCAUAGUCAGACUCCCCCGUCGAGAGACAAGCCAGCUGUUUCACGGACCACUGUUGCACCACCAGCUAGGAGUUCUGUCACCUCGCGUCUCGGUAAAGUUGUGUCUGAACGUAGAUCGUCUAGUGCUGGAAGUGACUCUGUUGAUUUGAGGACAAAGCAGUUGUCUUCUAGGACGGGUAAGGUUUCUGCCGAAGUGAAAGAUGGCAGAAAUGGUGGUUCUAGGACUGGGUUGUCCCUACUAGGGAAGGAAGUGGUGAGGAAGCAGUGCGAGGCAGCUGUCAUGUCUGUCAAGGCUGCUCAGACUGCAAAGGUCAGGGCCAGAAGCCCAGACAGCCGUGUCGUGUGUUGUGAUCCUGAAAUUAUUGCUUUGAAAGAGGAGGUGACGGAAGAAAUUGGAGAUUUGGAGGGGAGUGUUGAACUGAUGGAGGGAAAAUUUGAAGAGUCAAGUGACAAAGCAAAAGACGCUAGCAGCAGUGUUGAUGACGAUGCUGAGGAUCUGGCCGAAAUGAUUAGCAAUGACUUUGAGCCUGAGAUUCUGGAGGAUAGCCAGAAUGAUGAGUUCACACUGGAUCUGGACGAUGAUGACAUCAUCAAAGUUGUCGGGGGUAUCGACGAGGAAGGAGGAGAGGACCUGAAAGGUGCUCUGAAACAAGAGGAAUUCAAAAAGGGUACUAGAUUUAUUGUCACCCUUGAUGGAAUUGACGAACGUGAGUUUGAUGAGCAACAAGACUCGUUUGACAAGUUUAAGCUCCCUAUUCUGGGGUCUAGCGGCCCGAGAAUGUCGGCUGAGGUUGUAGGACAGAGGGAGAAUGUUGUGUUGGAUGCUCUCGCCUCUCAGGUUGGGCCGGGCAUGCAUCCAGUCUUGCUACAAGCUCGUCUGCCUCCACAGACCCUUCAUCCCCAGCACGCCCUGCAAGAUUUUCCUCAAUCCACCACUGCCAAGAUUACACCGCCUAAGAUACAGCCGUUUUCCAUCAGCCUCAAAGAUUCAGAUGACGAGCAUGAGAACAAAAUGGAAGCAAAAUCUUACUCUGACUUGUCAGAAUCAGUGUCUGAAGGUGUGUCAGCUGUGAAAAGAGCCAAGCUCUCCGAGCGUUGUCGGUUCUGGCCAGCCUGUGCGGCUGGAGGUGCUUGUGAGUACUGGCACCCCACCACGCAUUGCAAGACCUUCCCCAACUGCAAGUUUGGAGACAAGUGCUUGUUCAUUCACCCCAACUGUCGGUUUGACUCCAAGUGCACCCGUCCAGACUGCCCGUUCACCCACACGAGCAAACGCUCAGGUCUAACCAGCGCAGGUGGGGCUCCCCCUCACGUCAUUGCCAUCCCCCAGUCACAUGUCCUCUUCUCCCCUACCCUUUCCUCCAAAGCGUACGCUGCUGGCUUUGGAGCUGUGCCUACUCGCCUUCCAUCGUCCUCCCUGGGCGGCGGCCAUCAGACGGUAUGUCGCUUCUACCCGAACUGCCACAAUGUGAACUGCUCAUUCCUGCAUCCCAAGCCCUGCCGCUUUGGCCUGUCGUGCCGAACUCCCACCUGCCCAUUCUACCACCCAUCAGUGCCCACGAAAGACAAACUCAAAUGGCAGGCCAGUCAGACGUCCACUCUUCCGAAAGCCCAGGACUCGGCAAUUCUUCUCCACAGUGGCUCUAAGGUUGUUGAUGUGAGUCCGGCUCCUGUUAAACUUUCUGAAGGCCAUGUUAGUGUGUCUUCUACCAGUCAGUAGUGAAUAUAUGUAAUGUAUGAACCAUAUAAAUCACUCUUAUGAGUGUGAUCAUAUUGCAGUUCAAUCUGAUAAAUGGUUGGAUGUUGCUUGAAAGUUGAGAAGUAACUUUUCAGGUUCCUGCUUUUUUAACAGUUCGUAAAUUUUUUUACUAAUUGGUUUGGUCAUAGUCAUAUUUUAAUAUGCUCUUAGAAGAAGUGGUUUAUAAAAAAAAUUUCAUCAGAGUUAAAAGAAGUAGGCUAUGUUCAUAACUUUUGAUCUUCUGUUGUCACUGUCAAUAACUGGUGGAAACUUCUUUCUACAUUGCAAGUUAUUUUCUCUCCUUAGACUCUGAGUAGCUGGUCACACUGAUUUCAUUCAAAUUUUUAUGGGGGGGAAAAACAUGCUUUACUUUACUUUAGUCUCUAGAUUUUUCUUUGCACUGCCUUUUUGGUUGCUCGUGUUGAAAUUGUUCCUCUAAAAAUGUGAAGGACAAUAGUGUUCUAGUAAAUAUGAACUACUAUCUUUUUAUUAAUUUAAUGAGGGAUGAGUUAUUUCUUUGACUUUCAUUUCAUAGUUUUCCAUUGUGGUUUGGAAAUGUGGCAUUCAACAGGACAUAUUUUUAUGUUCUUCUUCAAAGUAUUAUGUAUCUUGUGUAAAAAUACACAAGUUGAUAAAUUUUUGUUUCUUCUUCAUGUGUAAUGAAAUGUCAUCAGGUCACUUUUAAUACACUGAGUUAUAAAUAUAAUAUUAUUAUUAUAUUUUGCAUUUGUAUCACGGCUCAGUGGAAUCGGGCGCUCAUCAAUUUUUGGGCACAUGGGAUUAUUGGUAUAAUCUUAAACUUAAAGCUUGUUCAUUUGUCUUGCUUUUGAUGAAAAAGCUACCCAACUAUCUUGAAUAGAAAAAUGAUAUUUGUGAUUGAAGGAGAUGGGGGGCACCUAGUGUCAGAGGUAAAAAAAAAAAAAGAAGAAGAAAAUGGUCGAAAAAAGUUUGGCGAUUUCUAAAGCUUGAGUUUCCUUGGAAACUGCAAUUUUACCAAAAAAAAUUUCGACAUUUGAUUGUUUUUCAGAAAUAUGUUGCUAAAUGGACGUAUAACAUGUACAUUUAGCGCGCCCCCCCCAAAAAAAAAUCGAUCGAAAUUGCGCAACAGACGGGAAAAUGUUAGUUUCUUCAAUUUCAAUAUUUUGAUGAGUGCCUGAUUUCACCACAUUGCCACCGAUGUUAUAAUAAAGGUUUUUAUUUUGUAGCCACUAUUCAUUCAUGGUUAUCCAUUGGGUUUGUGGUUGUUUGGUUGUUGUUUUUUCAAGA